UAAAUACACAGUUGACUUUUAACCAAUCAACAUGAAGUUCCUGAUCAUUCUUACCUUGGCCGUGGCUGCUUCGGCUUUCCCCGAGAGCGAGCUGGUGCACCGCAACCGUGUGAUGCCCGUUGUUGACGACAUCGAGGGUCGCAUCACCAAUGGACAAACCGCUACUGUCGGUCAAUUCCCCUACCAGGUCGGUCUAUCCCUGAGGGUCAAUGCUCUGUCCUCUGCCUGGUGCGGUGGCUCUUUGAUCGGCAACCAGUGGGUGUUGACCGCUGCUCACUGUACCGAUGGUAUUCAGUCUGUGACCGUCUAUCUGGGUGCUACCGUCCGUACCUCCGCUGAGGUUACCCACACCGUCCCCAGCUCCAACAUCAUUAUUCACUCCGGCUGGAACAACCAGAACUUGAGGAACGACAUCUCCUUGAUCAAGAUCCCCUCCGUCACCUACUCCAGCAAGAUUGCUGCUGUCAAGUUGCCCGCUAGAGCCAACUCCUACUCCACCUAUGAGGGUGAGACUGUCGUCGCCUCAGGCUGGGGCCGCUUGGGUGACUCAUCUAACGGCGUUGCCAACAACCUGCAGUAUGUCGACCUUAAAGUGAUCAGCAACGCUGAAUGCGCCAGAACCUACGGCACUUCGAUUGUCGUCGCCUCCAACAUUUGCGUUGGAACCCCCAACGGCAGGUCCACCUGCAAUGGUGACUCCGGUGGCCCAUUGGUGGUCAAGGGCUCCAAGAUCCAGAUUGGUUUGACCUCCUUCGGUGCCGCUGCCGGUUGCGAGAAGGGUUAUCCAGCUGCCUUCACCCGUGUUACCAGCUACUUGACUUGGAUCGCCGAUAACACUGGCCUCCAAGUUUAAAUACCAGGAACUUCAACUUGCACAUAAACAAUAAAAGUAUCUAACGAAAU